AAUUGCGAUCACGUACAGUCGAUCGACCUAGCCAGCUAGCCGGACCUCUCCACUUGCGUCCUACGGUAUCGUGUUUGGGUGUGUGGCUCUGUGUUCUUUUGAAAGCGGUUUGAUCUCAUGGCUGAAGACGAGGUGAAGAGCGGCUACGUGCACAAGUGCGGAAGUUCGGUAAAGAGUUGGAAGAGACGAUGGUUCGUCUUGAAGCGGAACGGCUACCUGUACUACUACACUGACUCGUCGGCCAAGGUGGAGAAAGGGAAGAUAGACGCAGUGGACGCCGCUAGCGUGUCUCCGUACGAUGAAAAGACGAAGGGAGCCGAGCGUCUGCCGCUCAAUUUCUCCCCCGGCAAUACCUUCCUCAUUGUCACAAAGGAGCGAGUGUUCACCUGCGUGUGCGAAACGCUGGACGAGCGCGGGAGCUGGCUGGCUGCACUGGAGAAGAUUCGCGGUGUGGUCACGGCAGACCAGCAGUACCCAGCUCCCACCUACCCAAAGUCUCCUGCCAAGCUCCUCCCAUAA